UUCAUCCUCAUCCAGGGGCCACGGCGGAACAAAGCAGUCUCCACCAUCCCAAUUCUCAUUCCUCUCUCUUUCUCUCUCUCUCUCUCUGCAACAUUUGAUUCUGUAUUCUAUAUUCCAUCAUUCUAAUCCAUUCUUCUCUGCACUCAAAAACCCUUUUUUUUAGCUCUUCACAUCGUUCUAAUGAACACUCAUUAAACCCUUCAAAAACCUCUUUUUGUAUCUUCUGCCAAUCCAAAAGUUCCAUGGAAGCACUAUUGUGGAGCUGCGGUUUCAUCCCCAAAACCCAAACGAAGCUCAACUUAUCUCCACACUCUUAUUCACUUCCCCGCACUCAUUCUUGUUCAAUAACCAAUCCACCACCUCAAUUCCUCAAAAUCAAAUUCGCCAAUCACUCACAGUUUCAGCUUCUUCGUCUCUGUGCUCUCCCCAGUGAUCUUCCCACCGAACCCAAUGAAGAAGAAGCACUAAACAACAACAACAACAUUGGCUUUCUUUCAAACGAAACGGUGCCGUUUUCUGACCCUCAGGAAAAUUUAAGCAAUUCCUAUAGUAUCGACAAAGAUAAGGAUGAGCCAUUACAUUCAGACAUGCAAUGGACAACUAUGACUCCAGGAUCUGGUGGGGGUUCCAGGGCCGGACUUUUCAGGACACCAAUUUCUGGUGGUGUGCAGAGUGCAACCUCAGCUCAUGGUUUACCUAGACCGGCCUUAGCAGUACGCAAUUUGAUGGAGCAGGCCAGAUUUGCUCAUUUGUGCACUGUAAUGUCACGAAUGCACCACCGACGAGAAGGAUAUCCAUUUGGUUCCUUGGUUGACUUUGCACCAGAUUCGAUGGGCCACCCAAUAUUUUCUUUUUCACCUCUUGCAAUUCACACAAGGAAUUUGUUAGCUGACCCAAGAUGCACGCUUGUAGUUCAGAUACCUGGAUGGAGUGGCUUGUCCAAUGCAAGGGUGACCAUCUUUGGGGAUAUUUAUCCACUUCCAGAAGAUCAACAGGAAUGGGCUCAUAAGCAGUACAUUGCGAAACAUCAACAGGGGCCUUCUCAACAAUGGGGCAACUUCUACUAUUUUAGGAUGCAGAGUAUAAGUGACAUAUAUUUCAUUGGAGGCUUUGGUACUGUUGCUUGGGUGGAUGUAAAGGAAUAUGAGACCCUUCAACCUGAUAAGAUCGCAGUUGAUGGUGGUGAACAGAAUCUAAAGGAACUCAAUGCCAUCUUCUCAAAGCCCCUAAAGAAGCUUCUAUCCAAUGAUGAGACCGAGGUAGAUGAUGCCGCACUCAUAUCUAUAGACAGCAAAGGGACUGAUAUAAGGGUCCGUCAAGGUGCCCAGUUCAACAUUCAAAGGAUAUCAUUUGAUGAAGGACAAAGUGUAGAAACCUUAGAAGAAGCCAAAGAAGCUCUCCGGAAAUUGAUACACAGAGGAAAAGUGUACAAUUUGCAGAAAUGAAAAGAAGAAAGAAAAACAUGAAGAUGCCUAACAUUAUCCUCUCCUCUUUCCCAGACAAGAUUUGGAACUCUUAGAGUUUUCUAAUCUUUGACUUUUUUGGACUUGUUAAUUUCAUGCCCCGGAAAUUGUAUUAUAAUAUUAUAUGCAAAAAGAAAAAAACUGCAUGGAUUGUGGGUUAUAACGCCAUUGUCAAACUAGAAACAACAUAAUCAUCUCAGAACUUUAGAAAUAAUAAUAAUAAUAUGCCAUUUAUUUCUUUUUU